UCGGUUGGAGAGUUCAGCGUGAAAAGUGUGACGUCAGUGUGUUGGGGGCUGGAAGAAUUGACGUGGCAUAGAAGUAUUUUAUAAUUAAUUCUAUAUUCUUUCAUAAAUAAAGUGGAAAUAAAUUAAAGACGUUUUGUUCAAUACAUUUUCCUCUAUCCUUUAAUCAUGGGACUGUCACUUUCAUCGUUAUUUAACCGCCUGUUUGGUAAAAAGAACAUGAGAAUUCUUAUGGUUGGUCUGGAUGCUGCUGGAAAGACAACAAUUUUAUACAAGCUGAAAUUGGGUGAGAUCGUAACAACCAUUCCAACAAUAGGUUUUAAUGUGGAGUCAGUAGAAUAUAAAAAUAUCAGUUUUACAGUAUGGGAUGUAGGUGGUCAGGAUAAAAUUCGACCAUUGUGGAGGCAUUACUUUCAAAAUACUCAGGGUCUCAUAUUUGUGGUUGACAGUAAUGACAGAGAGCGUUUAGCUGAAUCAAAAGAUGAGCUGACCAAAAUGCUCCAGGAAGAUGAAUUGAGAGACGCUCUUCUUUUGGUGUUUGCCAAUAAACAAGACCUUCCAAAUGCAAUGUCUUGUGCAGACAUUACAACUGCUCUUGGUCUUCAAAAUAUGAGAAACAGAAAAUGGUACAUCCAGGGAGCCACAGCAACCCAAGGCACUGGACUCUACGAAGGAUUGGACUGGCUGUCCAGUGAACUCUCCAAGUGAUCCUCAUCUCAUGUUUAGACAACACACCAUCAUUGACUGGGUUUUUAUAAAGUUUCAUCACCCUGAAUCUUAAUGUUGACAAUUGUUUAGUCAAAUCAUCAUGUUCUGACUGCCUUUGGCUUCUUGACAUCUUAGAGUUAAUUUUCUUCUAUUUUAUUUUUUAAAAAAAGACGUAUACUUACAUUUUUGUUUUCUGGGUCUGUUUUCUAACUUAGUAAGAUCAGAGUGAAUGUCAAAGUAUUAGUUUGUAAAACUCCAGUUGUCAGGAUUGAUGUGGCAAGAAGUCUUAUAGGAAAGCUUUGGUCUCUCUGCUGUCUCAUAAGGUAGUAGAACCCUGUCUUAUUGUUUUAUUCCUUCCUGUGCACACAAAAAAUAGCAUUUUGGGAUCAUAAGGAGGAACUCAGGACAUUGUCAACACUACCAAUCAAUUCAUUACCAAUAUUUGGCUUUUCCUCUUAGUUGGUGACAGUUGCUUGUAUAUCUGAUGUUCAGUCAACUGGAGAUUUACUAAACAUUGUACUUGUCUAGUGAUAGAGAUCACUGCUUCAAUUUCAUGAUACUUUUUCUUUUGAUUUUAUGGACAGAUGACAUUCAAACUAUCCAAAGGUAUCAUUGCUUUCUAUAGACAUAUUUAUAUAUAUAUAUAAUGAUGACUUCUUUCAUUUUGUUUUUUCUUGUACAAAAUACCGUUUAAGGAAUGAAAAUAAGAUAUUUUGUUUUAUUUAUAGGGGAAGUUUUUGUGUGCAAUAAAAGACAUUCCCCUGGGCUGCAUGAAUAAAUUUUUUUUAACAAAACAAUAUCAGUUGCCUUUAUUUUUUUUAUUUUUUUUCCUGUAAACAUUUCUUUCAUUCAAAUUUAUUCUUAAGGUGAUUUGUAUUUCAUAUAAAUAACGAAUAUGUUGGAGUUGGUGCUCCAUAUAUUUUUUCUUCUUGGUGAUGAUAAAAAUUCAGUUAAUGUAAAUGAACACAUUUUUUUUUUGUCCAUUUGUUUAAUCAGUUUGAGAAAGGGACUGCAUUUGAUCUGUGAGUACAAAUGUAAGUUGUGGUAGUCUGUAUGGUUUGACUAGGAUGGCUUUUGUAUGAGAAAUUCCAAUGGGUGUAAUAGUUGAUUUGUUUCACCGUCUUUCUAGUCUAUUGGUCUUAAUAUUAUGUUCUUUUUACCAGGACUGGACUGAUCUCUUGUAGAAAUAUGUUAGUGUUUAAAGUUGUUAUCUGUCAACUUCUUAAUACUUAUCCACCUAAUCUAUACUGUCACAUGUUAUGAGUUUUAGUGUUAUAGUGCUCUUUUUAUUCUUCAUUCUGGGCUGAAAAUAGUUUCAUAUUCCAUGUCAGCACAGAGUCAUGGGAUGUAUGCAUCAUGCAAAGAAGGGAUUAGUUUGACAGUAUACACAUGUGAAUGUAUUUCUUUGUUUAGAUAGUCUUGCCACAUGUUUAACUGGCCUUCUUUUGAUGUUUGAAUGGGCUUCACUUUUCCUAUCCAGCACCUUUUUGUUUUGACUUUUAAUGAAAUCACAUACUGCUUUGUUUGUUGACUUCAUAUGGACCAAUCAAAGUUAUUGUUCACUGUUCAAAACAAAAUAUUGAUCAGAAAGGGAUUUUUUGGUUCCUAAUGACCCAACUAAAGAGAAAAAGAUUUGGGUACGAAUCAUUUAGUUUCACUUUGUUGUUGUUGUUCAAAGUGCUGGCAAUGUGGGACAUCUUAGGGAAAUUCUCCACUAAGGAUUAUUCUUGGUAGCUUGAAGCUGGAGCCUUUGAAAUAAUAUUUUCUUCCAAGCUCACACUGAAACUAAAAUUUAAAUAUGGAAUAAAUUGAAUUAAUAAAGACAUUUUUUUUUUGUUUUAAAUAUAACAUAAACCUAUUAUCUAAGUCUACUAGGGACAUCAGGCACGACAUGGCCUAAAUUGUGCCGAUGUGCCUCAAAUCAACAAUCAAUCAAUCAAUCUACUAGGGACAUUCAUGAAAUGUUUAGUGUUUCCUAACAUGGGAGGUAAACUUAUGUGAAUAGAAUUAGUAAGCCACUUCAAAGAAAUAAAAUGUAGGCUCAUGACACUUGCAUCAAUUAAUUUCAACUUUCACAUUCACUUGAAAAAGUGUAUCACCUGUAUGGAACUAGCCUAAAAAAAGAAAGAUUGUUUUUGACAUGUUUAUCUUACUAUGGUCUCUCAUAUUUCAACAAGAAAGUCUCACUAUCUAAGCAUAAAUAUCUCUAAUGGUAAUUUAAUCCUUUGGACCCAAUGUCAGCUUUAUAUCAUAGACCCAAUACACUACCUAGAUGAAAUUGUUUAGGCUAAUGGACUGAUUUUUUUUUUUAAAUUAUGAUUUGAAUCAAUAGAUCAUAGAACUUAGCUAAUUGCCAACUUUAUUUAUAGUGCACUUGAUUGUUUUAUUUUGAAAUGUAUAAAGUCCACCAGCGCUGGGAACAGAUGAGUUGAUACCACGCUACGGAAUGUCAUACUUUAUGUUUUUCUAGGUAUUAGUUGAUGUAUUUUUUGUUUCUAAUAUAGAAUUGAGAGUUUAUUGAUGCUGUAUAUUUUUGGCGAGAGAAGUGCUAUGUGAGUUACUAGAAGUUGAACCCUGUAUUAACCUAAUUUGUUUGUACAGUAGUCUUGUGGUACUGCACAGAAAAACAUUAUAAAAGGGAUAUAACUCAA